CCGAUUGCAAUUGGUCAAAAACACAAUUUAUCCACAGGAAGUUAGACUAUAUUUUACUCCCGCACAAAAUGCUUGUUUAGAAGUACUUAGCAACAGUCAACUCUGCAAGAAUGGCGGAUGCUAACGAAAGUGUUCCUAACAAUGGAGAGGACGGAGUCCCAGCUGAAGGUACUGGUGAAGAGGGAGCUGUUGAAGGUGCUCCAGAGGUUCAGUAGCUGGGUCCACAGCAGGGUCCCCCAAAGGGUCAAAGGCCGGAUCAGCAGCAGGGUCCCCCAAAGGGUCAAUUGCUGGAUCUGCAGCAGGCUCCAGGCAGGGUUCCCGGCCCUCCUCUCAAAGGUCGGUCAGGGAACCUCCGAGAGAUGAGGAAGAGCAGGAAGCUGUGGAGCCAGAAGUACCUGAAGACCCUCAGCCAGGGCAGGAGACAAUGUCUUUGGCGGACGCAUUUUUUGAAACGGAAGAAUAUCGUCAGCUGGACAUCUCUACCAUGGCAAAAAUGUCAGCAGUGAUAUCACAGGACGACCGUGAUUCUGGUGUUAAAUGGGAUGUAGUAAGAAUCAAAUCUGAAUCAAUGAUGGAAGGAAGAGAGCCUGUCUCUAAUCCAGUGUCUACAGAGUAUCCUUUGGGCCCAAAAUGGUCAGUAUCUCUAAUGAAAUUGAAUAGAAUGCAUUUGAUGGAAGACAUGGUUAAGGAAACUGUAGCCUCAGUGUUGGAGACUGCUAAAGAUGCACCAGGGAUGGAAGUAGAGAACAAAGGUUUAACUCCUCUAAACAUGAAUGCCAUGGACACCCAUGAGCCACCGCCCACCCAAGCAGUUCAGCACUGGGCAUCUUCUGGUGGUGGGGAUGAUGGGGAUUAUUAUGGUGGUGGUGGAGGUGGUGGCGAUGAUGAUGAUGAUGAAGAUGAUGACGAGGAGGACAAUUUGGAUGAUGAUGAGGAGGGGCUUGACACGGAUGACAACAGCGAUAAUGAGACUGAUAUGGUUGUGCUGGAUCCUGACCAUCCCCUGAUGAGGAGAUUCCAAGCUGCCCUGAAUGCUCAUCUCAACAAGCAACAUGAGAAGAUCUCUCUGGAGCUGCGGGAUCUGGAUGAGACUUUGAGAGUGAAAAAGAAGGAGCGUGAAGAUCUUGGAGUGGAUCUAUAUGGAGUUCAGCAGGAGCUAGCUAGAUACCAGAUGAUGCUUGAGCAAAAGCAUGACAAUGUUGCUGGCCUGAAGCAGGAGCGCCAGAAAGAGGAACAAGAGUUGAACGAUGUCCGAGGCUUGUACAAGGACUCGCAGAUUAUUGUGAACAAAGAAAAGAAAAAAGGCUCAGAGCUGCAGAGUGAAGUAGAGAACUUGGCUCUGAGGUUGUUCUACAUGGAAAAUGCCAAGGAGGAUGUCAGGUCCGACAUAGCUGUGAUGAGACGUGCAGCAGAGAAAGUGGAGUCUGAAGUCUCCCGCGCAGAAAUGGACAAGCAAAAACAGGACUUGUAUGUCGACCGCUUGGUGGAAAGAGUGGACAAGCUGAAGGAAGAGAUUGCCAUGUACGAAGCUCAGAUUAGUGCUCAGUCAGAGGAAACAAAGGCUGCCAAGGAGAGCCUCAUGGAGGCCUACAUGGAGAUUGAGGCUAUCACUCUUGAAAAGAAGGACCUUUAUCAGAAAUGGAACAGCUCUCUCAUUGGUAUGAGGCGCAGAGACGAGGCCCAUUCUGCAACGCAAGAAGCUCUUGAUCAACAAGAGCAGCACAUUCUCUCUCUGGCUACAGAAAUAGAAGGGUACAAAAAAUCCAUUCAAAAGGAGCAAGAGCAAAAUGAGAAACUGACACUAAUCCUCAACAAGACGGAACGUGAGAUUGAAGUAGCCAAGAAGCACAUGGUUCAGGUUCAAGCUAAGCACGAUGCUCUCAAAGCUGAGUACACGACAUACACGAGAAUGUUGCACGAAACUGAGCAAGCCCUUGCCAGAGCCACUGCUGAUCGCACUCUUAGAUCAACAGAGGUGGCCUCUCUGAGAAAGCAGAUUGAGCAAGAGUUUUUGGCUAAAGUUAAACUCGAGGAUGACAUCUUGGAGCGCAUGAGGGCUCAGCUUACCAUGGAAAAGGCUUCUCAGUACAGCAAGAAACUGACCACGAAAACACGGGACCGCACAAAGCAUUUGGAAACAGAGAUUGCUGAUGUGGAGAACCAAAUAGCAGGGUCUACCCUUGAGACUGUAAACGUUAGAACUAGAGUAGACAGGCUGAAGAAGGUCUUGGCGGAACUGGACGACCAGAUCAAAAGUCAAAAUGACAUCAUAAACAAGUCGGAGAUGGAAAUCGUGAAGCGUAAUGCCAUCAUUGAGAACAAGCAGAAUCAAGUGGACCUGAUGAACAAAAAGCUAAACCAGAUGAUAAGUGCUGCUGGGGGAGUAGAACUUGGUCCCCUGGAGGUGCAAAUCAACUCUUUGCAAAAGUCUAUUGAAGCUCGUAGCCAGGAGAUCAUGGAGCUUCAGCAGCAGUGGCUGCGGCAACAGAGCGAGCUGGUGAGACUGUCACACACCAAAGAGAAGGAGAUCCAGGGCUUGACCAACUGUAAGAGGCAACUCACCAUCCUCAGCCAGAAGAAGAUCAGGACUGAAAAUGACAUUGAUCAACAACACAGAGAGAUGUGUGAUAUUGAGCGUAACGUUCGUAACAUGCGCAAUGACAUCAUCAAGCUCAACACUUUGCUGCAUAAAGAGAAAAGUGUUGGCGAUGAGCUGGAACAGGGAAAUGUUUUGAUGGAGAAUGCUUUUAUAGCUGGACUGAAGGAUGCUGAGCUAGAGUCCAUUGAGCUACAAAACAAGCUUGAUGGAAUCAAAGAGGAGAAGGAGCGGCUCCUCAAUAGUCUUGUAGAAGCAGAACGACAGAUUAUGCUGUGGGAAAAGAAGACACAGUUAGCCAGAGAAACGCGAGCUGCCGUAGACUCGGAGGUUGGCCAGGGUGAAAUGAGGGCUAUGAAGUCGGAAAUUCAUCGUAUGCAAGUGCGCUACUCUCAACUCAUGAAACAGCAAGAGAAAAUGAUUCAAGACAUGGAAAAGGCUGUUUCUAGGCGUGACACAAUUCUGACAAGAGGAGAUGCUCAGUCUAAAAUGAAGAAAAAAGUUCUCACUAAGGGAACGUUUGAAAGGCAAAUGGGAGAGCUGAGGAAGAAAAUCAAGCAGACCAUACAGGAUGCCAACUCCUGUGACACAGAGAUACGAGAGCUGCGGGACCACCAGCAAAAUCUGAGUCAACAGCUGGAAGAGAAACAGAUCAACUGCCAACAACUGCAGAGCUCCUCCGAUACUCUGGAUGGAGAUGUCGAUAGAACUGCAGAGGUCAAACAAAAGAAUCUAACUGAGCUUUUGGCCCGGCAACAGAAGAUGAAGUAUUUCCAGCAAGUCAAAGACGGGAAGUACACCAUGCUGUGCCGCACCCCAGCUGCUCUGGACCUGGAGUCUCAUAAACAAGAAGACCGAGUACAGUCCCUGAACGCCAUUGUGGAUCGACUCAACUCCGAGUUUCCUCACGCUCAGCCGGUUUUGAGGAAGGUCACAGUGAUGCUAGCUUCAAAAUCUGCUCCAAUGAUGGAAGACCCAGCAUAAUUUACUUCAUUGAUUUAAAAGCCUCUUGUUGACCAACAGAAAAUGACAACUGAAUGUAGAGGUAUAAAGAAAAAGACUCAUGAAAUUAGAGCUUAUGACAAAAUGACUUGUGGCUAGAAACUUCACCUGACAGCAAGUUAAUAUGUAACAUGCAUUUUUCCUUUCUUACUUGGGAUGACACAGAAAAUGUCUACUUUCAAGAGACAUGAUUUUGUUAUUUUCAGAAGUAAACCAUGAUAUCCAGCAUUCAUGCUCUAAAAACAAAUGGUUUCAUAUUUCUGUCAAUUGUGCUUGUUAUUAUGUACUAAUUGUAUCCUUGUUACUGGAGUACCAACUUUCAUUAAAGGAUCUGAGCAAGUACACAUAAUAGUAAAUAGUCAAGGACAGCCUAAACAAAUAUACUGCUUCUUUAACUGAAGAAACGAAUGAAGAUGCACUUUUCUUUUUCUAUUUGCUUGCGUAUGAAUUCUGUGGUUUGAAUUUUAUAUAGGUCUACCCUGUUCUGUAUAAUACUUAACAAUAUUGUUCAUUGAAAUCCAUGGUUUGGCAUGUUUGUGCACUGAAAGAAAAUUCAAAGAGAUAUAAUGUUAGUUUGAUUUUUCAAACUUUGCUCAUUUAUGGGGCUUUUUCUCUCUUUUUUUUUUUAGCCUGUGAAUUAUUUUUAUUGAUAAAAGCAAAUGUUAUAGAUUACAUAAAUUUUGUAUUACAAGAUUAAUUUUUGCCUAAUGAAUUUGGUUGUAACUAUUUUUAAGUGAUUCACCUUCACUCAGAAAAACUACCCCCUUUACACCAUCAGUCUGUUUGAGUAAGUAGAAGAAAAAAGUAAAGCAGGGAAGUUUUUUGCACCGUACAACAUAUUCUUGUCAUCACCUGUUACAUAUGAUGCAAGCAAAGAAUUUUUGUUUCACUGGGAUAAUGUCUGAAAAAAAUUGGGAAAGUUUCUAAAUUUUAGAUUAUUCUAAUAUUGUUGGCUUUCAUCUUGGAAUUGAUGCUGAUGAAGUUGUGCAAGUAAAAAUACAUAUUUGGGAAACCGCGGAAAUUUCAAAUUUAACUUACCUGUAGGCCUACUUAAAAUAGUAUUUUAUGUUUUUUUGUUUUUAGUUUAAGUGAUGAAACAUUGCCUUUCCUGGUGAAUAAAAGUACAAAAAUUA